AUGUUUCACUUUAUCAUCUUGCUGUUAAUAUCGAUUCAAUGUGUUGAUGGUCUUAUUUGUGCUACUAACUGCAAUUUCUCUACGCAGAUUGAUAAUAUCACUUUUACAUCAUGUACCGUCGUCGAUAAAUCCAGCACCGAGCAUAACUGUGAAGCUUUAUUAACAAUAGACUAUUAUUCUGGUUCAAUUAUUGGACGUCUCGAUGCUAUAAAAUCUAUUUGGCACUAUGACUUCUAUACACAAACCCACUUUUCACUUUACAAUGAUACAUCUAAGGUAGAAAUCGAUUUCGUUUGUUCUAUGACAAAUAAUUGUGAUCAAGAAUUUAUCAAAGAAACAUUGAGUGGUGACUGGCGUCGAGUCCAAAGUGAAGUGAUGCGUUUGAGGAAGAAUCUCGCAGAUCUGCUCUUUAAUUCAAGUGAUCUACGACCUGGUGAUGGAUGCAUAGGUCGUAAAAAUUGUUCUGGUGAAGGUUUCUGCGAGGCAUCCUAUAUAAAUGGGUCUGUUAGAGGUGCAGAAUUUGAAAGUAGAUGUGCGUAUCCUACGAAUGAACCGCUUCUUGAAUGGAUUCAACAAGUAGAUCUAAAGUUGCUUUCCGAACAGGCUUUGUAUACUUGCAACAAACCUUCAUGCGCUGCAAAAACAACAGUGCAACAUAUCGUUGAAAUGAUUAAAAAUAACUACGUCUUACCAUUGAAUGUGACCGUUCCACUAAAAACUACAACCACACGAUUAUCCACAAUGUCAACAACAACGAAUACGACAGCAAUGCUAACAACUCCAAAGUCAACAACAACAGCAAUGCCAACAACAUUAGUGUUAACAACAACAAUAACAACAACAUCAGUGUUAACAACAGCAACACUAAAGCUAACAACAUUAACACCAAUAUCAACAUCGUCAAUAUCAACUUCAACAAAGAAUGUGGCUAGAUCAAUUUAUUUAAAUAAGAUUGAAAAACUCCUUUUUGUACUUUAUGCAAUUCUACUUAAAAUUAAAAUGUGCCGCUGUCAUUUUCUCUACAUGAAAUAA